GAAGAACAAAAAGGCAUUCAGUCAUUUCUCGGUUUAGUUUGAUCCUUGCCCGCUUUAGAACAGGAUGCCUGCUAAUGAACCCCUCCUGGUUCCCUUGCUUUUCUGGGAGAUUCAGAAAAUAUAUUGGGUACAAACUUAAAAAAAAAAAAGAUUUAGUCUAUACAAUUUAUAUUAAUAUUUUCUAAAUGGACCUAAGAGGACACCAGAAAGCAGAAAAACAUCCCUUCUCCACUCCUUUGGGAAAAGGGAAAUGACAUCCAUAUUUUCUCGGAUUGCAGCGAACAUACAUUUUGAGCAAACCCCUCCCCAGCCUGGCUCUGCCUCCACCCCGGCGAGCGAGGCCGCCUGCGGCUAUCCAUCAAGUUUGUUUUUCUUGUUGCUGCUAUGGACAAGCUGUAAAUUCACCUCUUCCCAACCAACCUGCGUGCAAUGCCAAACUAGCCGCAGUUCCAGGCACUGCCUCUUGCAAAACGUGUGCUCGCUUCAGCCCUUCCCUCAACUGCCCCCCUAAAGUAACUGAAGCUCAGAGGAAUUCCAGCCCGUGGCAGAGCCCGCAUUUGCAAUAAACUUCAUUUAACUGCCCUUGCAAUACAGUGCCGGUGCCCAAGGGCACACCAGCAAGCGUUUGCAGCAGUCGCUGCUUUGGUGGAAUUCAAGAGGUAACAGUGACGCACCAUUUCCAUCGCGGUUUCGUCUCUUCAGAGGAUUUGGUGUGCUUUAAUUAGGAUUCUACACGUUUCUUUGAGGUGGCGAGAGCCAAGGGCCAACAGUAACGAAUGACUGUCGGGUGUUCGUGUUUCUAUUCCUGGCGGGGAGAGCUUUAAAGCAACAGAAAAGCGGCGCAUGGUGCCUAAAGCUGCACCCAGCAAUGGAGGGGCCGAAGGGAACCGAGAACAGCACCUCCGGGAAGGCUCUGUGCCCUCUCGUGGAAAGCUAUAAAUACAUCUUGUUACCCCUUACGUACAGCUCCGUCUUCGUGCUGGGGCUGCUCCUCAACGGAGCCAUGCUGCGGCUCAGCUGCUGCCGCGCCAAGGACUGGACCUGCACCACCAUCUACCUGGUGAACCUGGCCAUGGCCGACCUGCUCUACCUCUUCUCCUUGCCCUUGCUCGUCGUCAACUACGUCCUGCGGGACACGUGGCCUUUCGGAGAGCUGCUCUGCAAACUGGUACGCUUCUUGUUUUACGCCAACCUGUACGGCAGCAUCCUGCUGCUGACUUGCAUCAGCAUCCAUCGCUUUCUAGGCAUCUGCUAUCCCAUCCGAUCCCUACCCUACCGGACCCGGCGCCUGGCCGCUGCCGGCACAGCUAUGUCCUGGGCACUGGUGUUCCUCCAGCUCCUGCCCACCUUGAUCUACGCCCGCACCGGCGUUAUCAAUAACCGCACCGUCUGCUACGACAUGACGAGCCCCGAGAACCUCAGCAGCUAUUUCCCCUACGGCGUGGCUCUAACCGCGUCUGGUUUCGUCUUUCCUUUCCUCGUCAUUUUAGCCUGCUAUUGUCUGAUGAUCAGAAGCCUCAUGCGACACGCUGGAGACACCAACCCCGCCGGGAGCGCUGCCCGAGCCAAGUCGAUCCGAACCAUUCUCCUCGUCUGUGGGCUUUUUGCGGUCUGUUUACUGCCAUUCCACGUCACCCGCAGCAUUUACCUCUUCAUCCGCGUGUACCGGGUAGCCGACUGCCAACUCCUACAGCGCUGGAGUUUGCUUUACAAGAUCUGGAGGCCACUGGUGAGCCUCAACAGCUGCAUCAACCCCCUCCUCUACUUUCUUUCUGGUCAAACUAACAGAGCCAGGCUGGCUUUGGAGCUGAGACUGCCCAAGGCAGGUCCUCUUGCCAGGCCUGCCACGAACGCAGAGGGGACGGACGCCCCAACAAGACUUGCCCCUUGCUGAGGAAGCACAUCCCUGCUGCCCUCGCGUAGCGCUGCAGAUUUGUUCCACUUCGCUGGGUGUGAGGCUUGGAGAAGAGCCAUAAAACU